CGUCCCCACAACAUCUCCAGGCCCGAUUCUAGAUGCCAUCGUCAAAGCUUCUUCCUACACACACAUCAACACGCACCCAACCGAUUCCCCAUGGUCAAACCGCUCACAUUCAAGGGCGACAAACGGCCCAAAAAGCGCAAACACCGUGACGAAGACUACACCGAGCGCGACCAUGAUUCAAAAGCCUCAAGCCUAGUUCCCACCACGGCCACCGCAGCAGCAAACGACUAUGCGGCCGACGAGCAAAGCUGGGUAUCUGCCGAUAUUCCCACUGAUAUUAAUGGACCAGUCAUUUUCGUACUACCCUCAUCACCGCCAACGUGUAUUGCGUGCGAUGCCAAUGGCAAGGUUUUUGCGAGCCAGCUGGAGAACGUGAUCGAGAACGAGCCGAGUACAGCGGAACCGCAUGAUGUGCGACAAGUCUGGGUUGCAACACGGGUUGCUGGGACGGAGGGUUUUGGUUUCAAGGGGCAUCAUGGCCGGUACCUGAGUUGCGACAAAUUCGGCAUUCUGAGCGCCACUGCCUCCGCCAUAUCUCCCUUCGAGUCCUUCAUUGCCAUCCAAGCGCAUGAUACACCGGGCAUGUUUGCGUUCCAGACUCGCGGCGGCGAGAGCGAGACGGAUUCGUUUGUGGCUAUACAAGAGGACGGUGAUGAGACCACGAAGAAUAAGAAAGCGACCAGUGUUGUGGAGAUUCGCGGUGAUGCAUCGAGUAUAUCGUUUGAAUCGACCCUGCGCGUUCGUAUGCAAGCUCGAUUCAAGCCAAAAUUAAAGGCUUCAAAGGAGACUAAAGCCAAGGAGAAAAUUUCGAGGAGGGAGCUUGAAGCUGCUGUGGGGAGGAGGUUAGAUGAUGACGAAAUUAAGAGACUGAAGAGAGCUCGGAAGGAAGGAAAUUAUUAUGAGGAGAUCCUGGAUGUGCGGGUUAAGGGCAAGCACGAUAAAUUUGCUUCGUGAGGGCUGGGUACUACAGAUAUUCAAGCAAAAACCGCGGUGGAAAAGCUAAUCGUUCUAUGCGAACAUGAUAUGGAAGCAUUCCGACUAAGUACAGGAGCAUCUUGAAGCAUAUUUACCUGAAAAACUAGCAUGGGCCCAUAUAAAGGGACGUCCUUCGAGAACGCGUUAGGUGAGAGGGGGUGACAGCUACCUGGAAGUGUUUCAACACGAAAGUGACUGCCUUCGAGAACGCAUAAUUGGGUAUCUCCGAACUAGAUGGGCAACAUUGGAGCCCUGAGGAUAGAAAUCUACCAAAUAUUUGUACGAUGGUUGAAUAAUUCGUAUCUCAUUCUCAUAAAUAGCAUAACUAUUACCAUGAAUACA